AUGAAUUCAAAUUCCUUGGAAACUUUGGAAAAUAAUAUUACGAAACUAUAUGAUUGUCAUCAAAUGAAAGAUGAAUGUACAUUUCAAGAAUUUGUAUAUCACUAUACUUUAUAUGUAAAUAGUGGAAAUCAGAGCAUAGAUGAAUCUCAGCAUAGAAAAGUUAUAGUUGCAAAAGAUUGGAAUGAAUUUAAAAAUCAAUCAUCAAUUUUAACAAUUGAUCAAUCGUCCGUAUUAUUGAAUGAAAACCUUAAUAGACAACAACAAAAACAACAACGUUCACAACCAAAGAAAAUAAUUGACAUGAGUAAAUAUUGGUUUAUUUAUUGA